AUCGUCGGCCCGAGCCAGAGUUGGCGGUGCAACGAUUCGCACCUGUUUUGAAACUGGCUAAAACCACCUGCGAUUCCUGAGCGUUCCAAUACUUCCCCGCGAGCCUCGAACGAGUGUUCACUCAAUUUUUUUUGCUGUUGCGUCUUUUCGGGAUUUUUCGACGUGGAAGAACUUACUGGAUUUUGAUUGGUCGCAAGGGGAAUAAUGCGUAUCUCAUCCACUGCAACCUUCACGUUCAGCUUGAUUCUCUGCCUAGCACGUUCCGAAGACCACCACAAGAGGGCGCCUUCUGGAUUCACCGGAGUCCGUGGCAAAAAAUCGAUCGUUGAGAAUGCCAAGAACGCCAUCUUCUUCGAGGAGGAUUCCGACGAGGAUGACGCCACCAAGGUGGCGACCAACCAGGCGCCACUGCCUGUGGCGUCUCUGCAGUACCCGUCCGGACUGGUGGGCGAUAUAGACAAGAGGGCGCCAUCUAUGGGAUUCGUGGGGAUGAGGGGUAAGAAGCCCUGGUCUUUGGAUCCCCGAUUUUACGUGGAGGACAGCGACAGGCUGCCGAAGAGGGCACCCAAUGGUUUUUUCGGCAUGAGGGGCAAGAAAGGAGAUGAUUCUGACUCAGCCUACGACAUGGAAAAACGCAUGAGCUCUGGCUUCUUUGGCAUGCGUGGCAAGAAAGACGACGACCUCUCCGAAGCGUCCCUCUACAUGUCUGGAAAAAGAGCACCUUCCAUGGGUUUUGUAGGUAUGCGUGGAAAGAAGAGAUGGGGCCCUUUCGAGCUGAGGGGCAAGAAGAUCCCCUAUCAGUUCAGGGGAAAGUUCGUGGGCGUGAGAGGAAAAAAGACUUCCUACGAUAGCGGAAACGUUGAGACUGAACCUUAUCUAGAUUCGGACAUGAACAGGCUGUUGAUGCAACUUCUGGAGGACGAGGAGAUGAGGAGGACUGAGGCCGAUGAGGUGUAGUCGGUUACUAAGUCUGACUUAAUUCAGGUACUUUCAGAAACAGCCAAUUGAGUUAUCUAGUCCGAUCAUAGUAUUAAUUUAAACUAAUAAAACAAACCUAUUUUCGUCCUUGGACUCUUUAACACUAUUGUACAUAAGCAAAACGACGAAGAGGAAAAAGAUGUAUUUUCAAAAGAGAGGAUCAAUUGUUUUGUCAUAGUCGAAGGAGACUCGGUAUUUUUCAGAGUUUUAGGCUGGAUUUGAACAAUACCGUCAACUGGAUGCUGGAAGAAUGGAUCCUCUCGGAAAUUACUUGAAAACACGCAUAUCAAUGUGAACUUCUUGAAAAGGAAUAUAUUUACUGUUGAAAUGUUUAUUCUUGUUCAUAAUUUUACUGGAUGUUCUUUCGAUUUCUGCAAAAUGUUAGACAUCUUUAUUUCGAUAAAUAAAUAAAUGUGAUUUGAAAA